GGGGCUUUUGGCGCUGGUGGCAAAGUUUGGGAAUGAUAGAAAGGCUAUUGAAGAUAAUCGUGGAGAGGAACUGGAAUGCUACUGCUUUGCGGAUUACAGUAACAUUUACACGUUGUUUUCUGCAAGCACCCAACACCAGUGCUUGGAUUCAUCAGGAUCUAAAUAAAGGUACGCAAUCCUGAGACAUGUCGGAGGACCUGAGCUCCCAACCCUGGUCCAUCAACAAGGAUGACUAUGAGCUGCAGGAGGUUAUCGGGAGUGGCGCUACAGCUGUGGUCCAGGCUGCCUACUGUGUGCCCAGGAAGGAGAAGGUCGCCAUCAAACGCAUCAAUCUGGAAAAAUGUCAGACAAGCAUGGAUGAGCUCCUGAAAGAGAUUCAGGCGAUGAGCCAGUGUCACCAUCCCAACAUUGUGUCGUACUACACGUCGUUUGUGGUGAAGGAUGAGCUGUGGUUGGUCAUGAAGCUGCUCAGUGGUGGCUCAGUGUUAGAUGUGAUAAAGCACAUAAUUUCAAAGGGGGAACACAGGACCGGUGUUCUGGAUGAACCCAGUAUUGCUACAGUGCUGAAAGAGGUCCUUCAGGGUCUUGAGUACCUCCACAAAAAUGGCCAGAUCCACAGGGAUCUUAAAGCUGGAAACAUCCUGCUGGGGGAGGACGGGUCAGUGCAAAUCGCAGAUUUUGGAGUAAGUGCCUUCUUAGCCACUGGUGGUGACAUGACUCGAAAUAAAGUGCGGAAGACGUUUGUGGGAACACCAUGUUGGAUGGCUCCAGAGGUGAUGGAGCAAGUGAAAGGUUACGACUUCAAAGCCGACAUCUGGAGUUUUGGGAUCACAGCCAUCGAGUUAGCUACAGGCUCCGCUCCUUACCACAAAUACCCUCCUAUGAAGGUGUUGAUGUUGACCCUGCAGAAUGAUCCGCCUUGCCUUGAGACUGGAAUCCCGGACAAAGAGAUGGUGAAGAAAUACGGGAAAUCCUUGAGGAAGAUGCUCUCGUUGUGUUUGCAGAAGGAGCCAGAGAAAAGGCCAACAUCAUCAGAACUCUUAAAACAUAAAUUCUUCCAGAAAGCCAAGAAUAAUGAAUUCCUGCAGGAGAAAUUAUUACAUAGAGCACCUACAAUUACAGAGAGAGCGAAAAAGGUACGACGAGUUCCUGGCUCCAGUGGGAGACUCCAUAAAACAGAAGAUGGAGAGUGGGAAUGGAGCGAUGAUGAACUGGAUGAGGAGAGCGAGGAGGGCAAAGCUGCUGUUGCUGCCUUACGGGAGCAGCAGUCGAAGUCGACAAGGCGACAAGUCCGUUUCUCUCAGCCUCUUGAGUUGCCCCCACCCAGGUCACCAAGAGUAAGAGAAGGACUCCAGAAUAUAGAGAUAUUCCAGCCUUUCAGCAGUCACCUCCAGCCUGAAAUACCUCAAGCUGCUGGCCAGGGCCCAGCCAACACUCAACACACUACAACCCCUUCACAGCCUGCGCAGGCCUCAGUUCCUGGAGAUGAUGCCCCCCAGUCCCCCAUCAGUUUAGUAUUAAGGUUAAGAAACUUGAAAAAGGAACUGAAUGACAUCCGAUUUGAGUUCAUGCCUGGCAGAGACACAGCAGAUGGGGUUUCUCAGGAACUGGUAUCGGCUGGCUUGGUAGACGGGCGAGAUUUAGUUAUAGUGGCUGCUAAUUUGCAGAAGAUAGUUGAAGAGCCUCAUUCCAAUAAAAAUGUCACAUUUAAACUGGCAUCUGGUGUUGAAGGCUCUGAGAUUCCCGAUGAUGUCAAACUCUUGGGAUUUGCUCAGCUUAGCAUUAACUAGACUUUGGCUCUGUGCGGGGACCAUGACUUGCCUACAAAUGUGAAAACAAACCAACACUACCAACAGAAUGACACAUUGAUAUUUUUUCCUCUUUCAAUUGCCCUCAAGAAACCACUGUUGCCAAAGAGAAAAGUACCAUUGCGCAGCCCAUAGGAUUUCAAAAGGCCCACAGCAGAGUUGCACAAAGAUCAGAAUUUGUAGGAAUCCUUUAAAAUAAAGUUUACGAUUGAUUCAUCUAAGUAUGCAAUUAUCAUAACCAGA